GUUCCGUCAAUAGUACUUAUGAAAUUUUUCGUGGUUUUAGAUCAUUUUUAUGACAAAUUAACGUUAGUGGCUGUUAACGAACGAUUGGAUAAGUUUUUUGCCAGGUUUUGUAGGAGUGCAUUGAGGUCUUCCUCAUCUCGUCUAAGCUCCAUCCAUCAUUCAUUCGUGAUAAUAUUUUCUAAGGAAGCUGGUGUUCCUUUUGUUCAUUUCCGUUGCAUUCGUACUGCCAUAGGAGAGCUCUUAACCAAGCAAUUGAUCUCACAAUGAAGACAAAGUUUAAGAAAUUUCAGACCCCACGGGAAAACGUUCGACUCUUGAUUCAGCCAAGACAGCACGUAAUUAUCGACGAAGGCGAAGAUACCAGCUGCGACGACUCUGCAGACUCACCCACUGUUGCCUCAGAAACACAUAGCAUCCCCUCGAAUAGCUCUAUUGUAGAAGUUCCUUGCAUUAUUCGCAAAGAAGAUCAGAACAGCUCCAGUGAUGGAUUCCGGGCUCUUUUAAAAGUGAAUGACGACUGUUAUGAAGUGGAUAUAAAUCAUGACAAUCGAACGCCUAUUUCUGAGGAAGAUGCUGGCGAGGAAAGUGAUGGGAGGACACAAAUAAGUAAUAGGAAUAUGAAAGGUGCUUCAAAAUCGCCCUUGAGAAAAAGAAGAAGAAAUGGUCCAAGCAUCUGCCUUGCCGGGACUCGCUAUCCAUGCAUCUCAAGAGUCUGUAGAUCUCUCGGUUUCAAGAUUGUUCGUGAAUCGGAUUUGUGGAACAUUUAUUGGACCGAUUCGAUUCAAGGAGUUGAUAUGUACAAGGAUAUGAAACGUUUUCAAAAAGUUAAUCAUUUCCCGGGCAUGAUAGAAGUAUGUCGUAAGGAUUUACUGGCUCGCAACCUAAUACGGAUGCUGCGUUUAUUUCCAGCCGAAUAUAAUUUUUUCCCGAAAACGUGGUGUUUUCCUGCAGACCUAGGAGAUGCGAUCAGCUAUAGCAGACAAUAUAGAAAUAAAACAUUUAUUCUGAAACCAGAUACGGGUGCACAAGGAAAAGGAAUUUGGCUAACGAAAAAUUUGAAGGAGAUUAAGCCAAAUGAAAGGAUGAUUUGUCAAGUAUAUGUUAGUAAGCCCUUGCUAAUAGACGGUUUUAAAUUCGAUCUGAGGGUCUACACCCUGGUAACUUCAGUCAAUCCGUUGAGAGUGUUUGUAUACAACGAAGGCUUGGCUCGCUUUGCAACGAGUAAAUACAAGGAACCGAGUGGUCACAACACAUCAAACGUCUACAUGCACCUCACCAACUAUUCGGUCAAUAAGCAUAGUCGAACCUUUUCCAAGGACGAUGAAUUGGGCAGUAAACGCAAAUUUUCCACUCUGAACCGGAUCCUCAUGAAUGAAGGAUACGACGUCGAGAAACUAUGGAACAGUAUUGACGAGAUAAUCGUGAAAACGCUUCUGAGUGCCUGGCCUGUACUCAAACACAACUAUCAUGCGUGCUUCCCCUGCCAUGAUGUUGUGCAAGCUUGUUUCGAAAUUCUUGGUUUUGAUAUUUUGGUUGACAGUAGAAUGAAGCCUUUACUUUUGGAAGUGAAUCAUUCUCCAAGUUUUCAUACCGAUGAACAAAUUGAUAAGGAAGUGAAGGAGGCGCUGCUGCAUGAUACCUUUCAAAUACUCAAUAUCUCCGUAGUGGAUAAGAAGAAAAUUCUAAAGGAGGACAAACGACGAGUGCAGUCUCGUCUGUUGCAGAAAAUUAGAGACAACAAUAAAGCAGCUGUUGACACUGACCCUAUGUAUUAUAUUUCCAUUGUUAAUAGUAUGCAAAUAAUGACUUCAUUCUUAUUUUGCAGUAAUUUUGACGGUGUACCCCAUAAAGUUCUCCUAAGUCCUAACACGCAGCAAAUAGCAUGGGAAGAAAGUCAUUUGGGAAAUUUCCGUCGUGUCAUGCCGGCACCUAACAAUCCCAACAAAUAUACGGCAUUUUUAAUUUUACAAAAUCAAUCCUCGAUUUAUUCAGACACGGCAGCCAGCAAAAGGCGUGAGGAGGCGGCAAAACAAUUGCGUUCAGAAAUUAUUCAAAAAGCUCUUAAGGACCAAAAGUAUGCAGCCCAGAAUAUGAGAAAGCAAAUUGACAAUAGCAAUGAGGGGACUGCGGAGCAGAAGAAAAAGAAAGUAUCAACGAAGAAAAGGUGGCCAGUUAUCAACAAUUCAAUAAAUGAAGUGGAGGAACGGGAAAGAAUUAUGCUGUUAUCACAACGUGACUUCCUGAUUCGCAGCUCUGGACUUGUGCAGUUGAUAUUUGAUAGUUUCUAUCGUCACGACCUACUCAGUGCAUCUGAUCGUGAAAAAUUCAAAGAACUUUAUGAACAAAAGCAAACUGAAGAUGUGAAUUCCAAACAAGAUUUCUCUCACGGCGAACAAUGUAGAAUUCAUAACAAACAAAUCAACCAACGGGAAGCCCUGGUGACUGCAACCGUUCAACACACCCAAUCAAACUGUCGACUUCCUAAAGUGUCCGGGACGGAGUAUCCUCCGGAAGAAAAUCUGCUCAGCAGAUAUAUUUCAUCAAUGCCCAUCGCUAACCCAUCGCAUAUGCUGGAACGUUUGCAAAGGGUCCGUGGUAAAUAUUCCGAACUUUACAGAAAAACACUGCCAAAGGAUAGGGACAAGUUUAUUUCAUAAUUGUGUCGUCUCCGUGCUUUAUUUUAUACUCGUCUUUGAUAUAAAUGAAGAAGGAUAAAUGGGAAAUGUUGCAAAAAGAUUCAGAGUUUUGCCAUCGCUUAAAAAAUGAAAUGUUUUAUGAGCGUAGACUUUCUGAAAAUUAAACGGCAGUGGAAUCCAAUUUAAUGUAGAUAUUAUCUAAUUUAACAAAGAUACAACUUAUUGCGUAGACAAGAUUUUGAAAUCGCAUAUUUUAUGACUGGGAACUUUCAAAUGCACUUGACAUCACAAACUGAUUGAAUUAUUUAGUUUCACCCUUUAAGCGAUGGUACAGUGUUCAAUUUUUAGAUAAGUGAAAGACAAUUGACACUUCCCGUAUAGAAAAUUUUUUUUCAGCAGUUUCUGGGCAAACUGUAUUUAUUCUCAAUAAAAAAAUUGUCUAAAUUCA